UUCCAAACUAAAAAAAUGUCUACAAAUAACCAUAUCCAAAACGGGAACUAAGUCGCCUCAAAAUUUACAUGAAGAAAUAUGUAAUAAAAAAUUAUAUGUAAGAGAAUAAAUUUAUACUUGUGGGAAAAGUCGCCCAAAAGGAUCUUGACGCUAAAGUCACAAAACGGUGCCGUUUUGCUCAUCACCUUCUUCUCAGGAUUCCCAUAACCCUUGCAGUUGAUGUUCAGUGGAAAAGAAGAUAUUAGUAUACAGAAUAGUGCAAUUUGUUGCCCAUAAGUUCCAAUUCUAAGGUACCCAGUUUCUUUUUAAUUCACAUACUUUGUCAAGUUUGUGCAAAAUGCAGGUGUACAGGUCUCUGUUAAAUUCAAUCAAGGACCGUUCUAUACAGACACUCAAUACAUAUGAAAGGUUUACCCCUCCUAAGCGCUUCCAUUCAGCCAGCUGCAUGAGGUCUUCUAGAAAGACUUAUGAUCCGCCUUUAUUAACUGGACCAUCCCCAACAUCGAAGUCUUGGAAACCUUAUAUAUUACCUGGAGCUGCUUUGGGAGUAUUUGGUGGACUGAUCCUUUUUCUUCAUUAUAAUGAUGAAAGAAGAGCAAUUCCAAAAGGUCAAGGCGAGAAAUUUGAAAGAAGUGCAACCCAAGGUCCAAUUAUUGGCGGUCCGUUCAGCUUGUUUGAUACCGAAGGCCGUUUGGUUACCGAGCGCAACUUGCUGGGUAGCUGGGUUCUUCUCUACUUUGGUUAUACAUCAUCUCCUGAUGUUGGUCCAGCAGAAGUACAAAAGAUGGCUAAAACUAUUGAUAUUCUAGGGUCAAAACAGGAUCAUCAUAAGAUCCUCCCAGUAUUUGUCACAAUUGAUCCUCAACGUGAUACGCCUUCGCAACUUCGAGCUUAUCUUAAAGAGUUUGACCCAAGAAUAAUGGGAUUAACUGGACCAGUUGCUGCUGUUAGACAGAUGACACAGGAAUACCGAGUUUACUUUAAGAAGGUUGAUGAAGAAGGAGGUGAUUAUCUGGUAGAAUGUUCUCACAACAUGUAUUUGGUGAAUCCAAAUAUGCGAGUAGUUAGAUGCUUUGGUGUGGAAUACAGUGGGGAGGAACUGGCCGAUGCAAUAGUUAAGGAGCUAAAGAAAGUUGAGAUAUAGCUAUACUCGAAGUGGAUUUGGUGAAGUGGAGCCAGACAUUCGAUUUUUGCCUGUUGUCAUGGCAAUUUAAGGACCUUUGCAGCAGCUGAGUUCGAUUAGGUGUGCUAGUCAUCUCUCAACAAUUUACUAGUUUUGAACAGAAAUUUCUCUGAUGGUCAGAGGGUUGAAAAAAAAUAUCUUCAGUUAAAGCAAAUUGGUUCUGGUAGUUUUUUCUCGUCUGGGCUUAAUGAAUUUGGACCUGGUCGGUGGGUAAUGCAAAGUAGGUGGCUGUUUGGUUGCCUAGCAAAAGUUUCAUUCUAUAAUUAAUUAAUUGGAUAUCAGACUGAGUCAAGUUUGAAAACAUUAACUUAUUGAAUUUCAACCUCAUUGUUGACUAAAUAGCUAAUCACUUUUGUCUUGUGAGAAGUGAAAACAACAAAAUGUAAUUUAGGCGAUGUUAAAAACAUGCAGACUAUUUCAAAAAAGAGACUAAGGAGUUGAAUUUUGAGUUCCUAAA